AUGCACUUGGUGACAUUUGACAUCGAAGGACGCAUAAUUAUGCACCGCUUGAUGAGAAAUGAAGAGAGCUCGGGUGAUAUUGUAAAAAUUUCUGUGGACCGUAUCGCUGAGAUCCGUGUGGGCGACCUUGUCACUCAUCCGGCUUGUUUAGUGUCUAUACACUUGACGCAGCUAAGCCUUGAUCCAACUGCUUCUUCCUUCUUUCCUGGUGUGGAUACGGUGCUUAUAAACGUCUCGGGCCGACUGUUAACUUUGAAUCCCCACAAGGUGACAAAGGACGUGGAGCCCAAUGAACCGUUUCAGCUGAGUCAGCCGAUAAUGGUAGCAUCGUUCGUGGAACAAGUGUGGCAUUGCCGAGCAUUGACUGACCGAGAACCACCUGGGCUUCCUCAUCUGCUGAAUGCUCUCUGGAUAAAUUGUGGAUCACGGGGAAUGCGGGUGUGGCUACCGCUGAUAUCAGGACGACGUGGAAUGGUUUCUCAGGACACAUCGUUCAUUUCGAAACGAAUAAUGUUGCCGUUCGAAUUGGAUAUUUGUCCUUUAGUGAUAUCUUCAAACGACUGCCUAGCUAUCGGUGUAGAAAGUUUGCCUUUUGUGUUCUACAAUGGUGGAAAGAGAUCAGCGGCUCUCUACAGUUUGCACAGAAAUAGUGAAGUCUUUGCGCACCAUAUUCUGCGCCAAUUGUUGAAACGAAAUCUCGGUGUGUUCGCCUUGGAAGUGGCCUCAGCAUGUCGUCAUCUACCACAUUUCGCUCACUCUCUUGAACUACUUCUGCAUGGUGUGCUGGAGGAGGAGGCCACAAGCAGCGAGCCUAUACCAGAUCCCCUACUUCCGCGAUGUGUUGCUUUCAUCCAAGAAUUUCCCGAAUUCCUCCGUACGGUUGCUCACUGCGCUAGAAAAACUGAACUAGCGCUUUGGUCGUCUUUAUUUGCUGUAACAGGCUCUCCAAAUGAUCUUUUUGAGGUGUGCCUUCGUGACGGACAACUACAUACAGCUGCAAGCUAUCUCAUUGUGCUUCAGAGUAUUGAGAAUACGCAAACAAGUCAAGAGCAAGCUAUUCGUCUUCUCCGAGAAGCAUUAUCUGCGGGAGAAUGGGGUAUUGCAAAAGAUAUGGUGAGAUUUACUCGUGCUAUUGGAUCAGAAGAUAUGGAUAGCCCGGCGAGAACACCUCCGCCAAUGAGGACGUCAUCCUCUCGCCGUCAUGCAACAUCAAUUAAUAGCGUUGCUGAAGCCGAUGAUUUGGUCUUUGCUCGUUUCCAGGGAGGUGCCAGAAUAACAAAGGUCCGGCAUUCGCACGCUGACAAUCGAGAAUUGAAUCGUAAGGACUCGGCAGGGAGCGGUAAACGAGCAACCAGGGUUGGUUU